AUCCAGCUUACGGCCGGAUCCGCCCACAACGAAGCACGCAGGCAGCUUCGUCCCGUGUCCGUCGCGUCGCGCAACAAAACCAGCGGGAGGAGAAAAAGAUUAGUAGAACGAACGAGGAGAGGCCUUGUUGAUUGGAAAUCGACCAUCCAAAUCCGAGCCCUAAUCCUUCGCAUUUCCUGGAGCGCUAUCUUCAUCUGUCCGCGUCGAGCGGGAGAUGAUGGGGGCGGCGGACAAGGCCGAACUAGGGUUCGAGGAGGAGGAUGAUAUGGCGGCCGACACGCCGCCGCCGGCCAGGAAGAUGCAGUCGCUCGAUUUCGAGCACAUCGGCUCGCUCGCGGCGGUGGCGGAGUCGCUCUCGCCCCGGAGCAAGUGGCGGAUGGCGCUCAGGAGCAUACGCAUCGUCAUCUUCCAGGCCAAGAUCAAUGUGCUCCUGCCCUUCGGGCCCCUCGCCAUCACGCUUCACUACCUCUCCGGGAACCACCAAGGAUGGGUUUUCCUUUUCAGCCUAGUUGGUAUCACACCCUUGGCCGAGAGAUUGGGAUAUGCAACUGAGCAACUUGCUUGCUACACUGGCCCAACAAUUGGGGGGCUUCUAAAUGCUACUUUUGGAAAUGCGACAGAGAUGAUUAUCUCGAUAUAUGCUCUGAAAAACGGAAUGAUUCGUGUCGUACAGCAGUCACUACUAGGCUCUAUAUUAUCAAACAUGCUGUUAGUUCUUGGGUGUGCUUUCUUUGCUGGUGGGCUUGCUCAUCCUAAUAGAGAUCAGGUCUUCAAUAAGGCAUCAGCUGUUGUGAACUCUGGGUUGUUGUUGAUGGCUGUCUUGGGUCUAAUGUUUCCAGCGGUGCUUCACUUUACACAUUCUGAAGCGCACUAUGGAAAAUCCGAAGUUUCUCUUUCAAGGUUUAGUAGCUGCAUAAUGCUUGUGGCUUAUGCUAGCUAUCUUUUUUUUCAACUCAAGAGCCAGCGCAGUCUGUACAGCCCAAUUGGCGAAGAAGAAGAAAGCACUGAGGAUGAGGAGGAUGAAAAGGAGAUAGCACAGGGGGAAGCUAUCUCCUGGCUUUUUGUAUUGACUAUUUGGAUUUCAAUUCUCUCUGGGUACCUGGUAGAUGCCAUACAGGGGGCCUCUGAAUCAUUAAAAAUGCCACUGGCCUUUAUUAGUGUUAUUCUGCUUCCUAUCGUGGGGAAUGCUGCUGAGCAUGCAAGCGCCAUUAUGUUUGCCAUGAAAAACAAACUUGACAUUACAUUGGGUGUCGCCAUAGGGUCGUCAACACAGAUAUCUAUGUUUGUGAUUCCAUUCUGUGUGGUAAUUGGCUGGAUGAUGGGGGAAGAGAUGGACUUGAACUUUCAAUUGUUUGAGACAGCAACUCUUUUUAUAACAGUACUUGUGGUGGCAUUUAUGCUACAGGAAGGCACGUCGAACUAUUUUAAAGGCUUUAUGCUCAUAUUAUGCUAUCUCAUAGUUGCCGCAAGCUUUUUUGUGCACGUUGAUCCCAAAUCAACAGGUGACAACAAAUGACAAGUUCCCAACAGAACUGUGAAGUGAUGGGGAAGGCAGAAUGUAGCAAUGUAGCACCCGUGGAUUCCUGAGUUUGAAGAACUUGCUGGUAGCAGCAUCCCAUUAAGGCUUUAAGUUUCAGCUUGAAAUCACAAGGCGCUGAUGCGGCUUUUUUAAGAUAGCAACGACAUCACCCUUCGAGAAACUGUAACUAUAUGGAAUAGCGCACGAGGACCACUAGUCUGUAUUUGCUGUAACCUACACCUGGUUGCAGUUAUGUAAUUGUUCUAUCACGGGAUAUUAAUAUCGAAUGGAUUUGUUAUGUCACGACGGUCUUUGCCGCAAUGCUUAGCUCUUUCUGU